CCAAAAAAAAAACCAAGCAAACGACUUUAAUACGACUAAGAAAACUUCAGACAAAACCGAGAAAAAAAUUGAAUUCAGUUGGUUCAAAAUCAUCCUAAAUUUGAUUUGAUUCUCUUUCAGAAACUUUCAUUUGGUUUCGAUUUGUGUCAAGUUGAUUUAGAGAUCAGUGGUUGUGAUUAGGGUUUAUAGCCAGUUUACGAUUUCAAUGGAAGACGAACCAGGGAGCGAAAGUGAAGGAGACACGAUAGUUGCAUCACCACUUGCUAAAUGGAGAAUCGAAUUCUCGAGAUCGUUUCAGAAUUACUUAGACAGAUCUGCUCCUAACAUUGUUCGAAGAUGGCUUGUGACUUUACUCGCUGCUGUGAUCUAUAUCUAUAGGGUUUACUAUGUUUAUGGAUACUUCGUCAUCUCUUAUGGUUUAGCUACUUAUAUCUUGAACCUCUUGAUUGGUUUCCUCUCUCCUAAGGUUGAUCCUGAGCUUGAAGCUUUGGAUCCUGAUUCUUUGCCUAGUGAUGUUUCUGAUGAGUAUAAGCCCUUUGUUCGUCGUCUUCCUGAGUUCAAGUUCUGGUAUGCGGCGACUAAGGCCUUUGUUGUUGCGUUUGUAAUGACUUUCUUCUCAUUCUUGGAUGUACCUGUGUUCUGGCCCAUCUUGUUGUGUUACUGGUUGGUUCUGUAUUCUCUGACUAUGAAACGCUUAAUCGUGCACAUGUGGAAGUAUAGAUACUUUCCUUUCGACGUUAGGAAGCCUGUAAAGCUGUUCAAGGUUCUUGCUGAUAGUGUCCUGACCUUUUUAAGAAUCAAGAGGGAUGAUGGUGGAAAUGAUGCGCCAAGUAGCAGCAGUUCAUCUCAGGGAAAUGAAAAACAGGAUUAGAUGUAAACCAUUGAUCAGGUACUGAUCUCUACGUGGUGAUAGACGAAAGGAUACAAACUAAGAAGAGAAGACUAUCAAGUGUACUAUCUAUACUCAUGUUGAUGGAAUAUGAAAAACAAAGUUCUUACAGCUUAACAGAACUAAGAAAUCUCUCUUAUAUUUACUCUUGCAAUAUUCUGAUUUUCCAUUGUAAUGUGUAACAACAAGUGUAUUUACAAAUUAUACGUACAUUUAAAUGAAUUUGGGAAUCACAUGACUGUA